UGGAUUUGAGACUGCGCACCAUCGCCAUGGGCAGUCAACGCUGAGGAGUGACAGUCGAGCCGAUAUUAAUGCCAUUUUUUAAAACAAAAAUAUACAUAUAGUUUGUGAAUUGCCGGCGUUGUAUGAACCUUAGUCCGCUGUCUCUGGAGCCAUGCGGCGGAGUAAGGCUGAAGUGGACCGCUACGUCUCCUCCGUACAGAGUUCUUCUCCCUCACUCAAAGAGAAGCCAGUCAAAGGGUUUUUAUUUGCUAAGUUGUACUUUGAAGCAAAGGAGUAUGAACUUGCCAAAAGACAUGUAUCAGGGUAUCUCAAAGUCCAGCAGAGGGAUCCCAAAGCACACAAAUUCCUUGGACAGCUCUACGAAAGAGAAGGAGACGUCAGCAAGGCCGUGGGGUGUUACAAGCGGUCAGUGGACUUGAACCCCGCCCAGAGGGACCUGGUGUUGAAGGUGGCUGAGUUGCUGGUUAGUCAGGAGGAAAGCGACAGCAGAGCAGAGUUCUGGGUGGAGAAAGCUGCAAAGCUUCUGCCAGGGAACCCUGCCGUCUUCAACCUAAAGGAGCGUCUAUUGAGUCGUCAGGGUCAGCAGGGAUGGAACCGCCUGUUCGACCUCCUCCAGGCCGAGCUGGCGGCGAGGCCGGGUGAUGCGCAUGUGAACGUGAAGCUGGUCCAGCUGUUCUGUCAGGAUGGUCGACUGGAGGAGGCCAUCAAGCAUUGCCUGGCUGCUGAGAAAAGGGGCGUGCUUAGCCACAGUCUGGACUGGUACACAGUGGUGGUGCGCACACUGCAGGAAUAUUUGGCUCAGCCCAGCAUAUCUAGCAAUGAAAAGAUGUGUCGGCGACUCCAGAGGGAGCUGCUAUUGGCCCACUGCAGCCUGCUGAGAAUCACACUGUCUGAGAGCAUCCUGCAGCCCAGUGUCGAUGCACUCAGAGGUUUUGACCAAGCAAUGCAGACUCUGAGCAGCGUCGCAGGCCGCCACACAGACGACCUCUGUGAGGUGUUUGUGGAGAUGAGAGGUCACCUGUACCUCCAUGCUGCCACACUGCUGUUGAAGCUGGCUCAGGAUCGCCAGCAGACUUGGAGGGUUGUCAUCGACCUGGCUGCACUGUGCUACCUGCUAGCAUACCAGGUUCCCAGACCAAAGCCUAAAGUGAGCAAAAGAGACCAGUCGGCCCCACAGCUACUGGAGCUGCUGGCCAACGACCGACAGAGUCAGGCUGGACACAUGUUGCUCAAUCUGAGCACCGAUGCAUCCACCUUAAUCAGAGAGGUGGUGGAGGCAUUUGGGAACCGUAGUGGUCAGGACUCGCUGUUCGAACUCCUGUUUGGACCUCAGGCCACCACUGGAUCUUCAUUUAUUGCAAAUGAUGACAUUCGUUCCAUCAACACAACAGUUCCAGAACUGUCUCAACUAGCCAAAUGGGACACUGGCUCCAUCCUACUACAUGCUGGUGACUUACAACAUCUGAGCUGGUUGGGGCUGCAGUGGACACUACUGGCACAAAGACCGGCCCUGCGGGAUUGGCUAGCACAGCUAUUUCCUAGGCUAACCCUGGAAACCUCCAAACUGGACACAAAUGCACCUGAGUCCAUCUGCCUACUGGACCUGGAGGUGUUUUUACAUGGCGUGGUGUUCUGUAGCCACUGUCAGCUCCAGGAGACGGCGAAGAUCAGCAAUGGAAUGAACCAACAGCAGCAGCUCUACGAGCCUCGAUGCCUUCCGCUUCCUCUCCUUCGCCUCUUGACCACUGACAGGCAGAGGGAGUUGUGGGACGCCAUCUACAGCCUCAUUCACAAACAAGCAGCCCCAAGCAUGUCAGCCAAGCUACGGAUGGUUGUGCAGCAUGGACUGAGCACUCUGAGGGCCGGAGAGAAACAUGGGCUUCAACCAGCACUGGCCAUCCACUGGGCUCAGACUCUAAGCCAGACGGGUGAUGGAGUGAACUCCUACUACGACCAGAAGGAGUACAUCGGCCGCAGCGUCCACUACUGGAAAGUCGUCCUCCCACUGUUGGAAAGGAUCAAAAACCGACGCAGUAUACCCGAACCCCUCGAACCCCUCUUCUUACACUUUCCCUCUAAAGAUGUCCAGAUUUCUUCUGUGAAAGGUUAUGAAGAGGAGUUCAAGAUCGUAUGUGCAGCUCUCCUUGACAUUGAAGGCAGGACAGAAGAGGCCAUCGCUACCUUGGAGACCAUCAAUAACAUGUCAUCCAUCUGGCAUUUGGCUCAGAUCUACCAGCGGCUGUCAGAGGAGGCCAGCAAUGGGGUUGAGGAGACCCAAGACAGGUGCAUCACUUUCCUGAGAAAGUUCAGGAUCUACCUUUGUAAGAUCUACAAUGCCAAUGCUGAUGACAUUGAUAAGCUGCCUGUGUCCAUGGAGGAAGUUGUAGAUCUCCUGAAUGAUGUGAACCAGCAGCUUGGGGAGAGUGGGGAUGCCAUGGAUGAAGAGGAGGAGAAAGAGGAGGGCCGAAGAGGACCGGCCCACUCUAGCCCUGCUCACCCCACAGAAGCCAGUGCCACAAUAUCCCACAUUAAGUUUUCCACUCCCUCUCCGAACAAAAGCAUGGUCUCUCCCUCCAAAAGACUGAUUUCUCCCAAGACACCACCUCAUUGGGUGGAGGACCAGAAAAGUCUCCUUCAGAUGCUGUGUCAGCAAGUUGAAGCACUCAAGAAUGAAGUUCAUGAUCUGAGACACAACGCCUCAGGGAAUGCAGGCUCCCCUCAUCACAAGCUGUAUGGGGACAGCUACGGGGCAGAGGGCCUACAGGAGUCUUUUACCCCAGUCCAGUCGUACCAUGGUGCCCCCCUAACAGUUGCCACCACAGGCCCCUCUGUGUACUACAACCAGUCUCCAGCUUAUAACUCCCAGUAUCUCCUGCGCACAGCAGCAAACGUAACCCCCACCAAGGGCCCAAUGUAUGGUGUGAACCGUAUGCCACCUCAGCAGCAUAUGUAUGCGUACCAGCCGCCCACUCACACUCCUCCAUUGCAAACAGCCCAAGCCUGCAUUUACCCUCCUCAAGAACAAGUCUUUGGCACUCCUCUGCGAUUUGAAUCACCAGCCACAAGCCUUCUUUCCCCAUAUAGUGAAGAAUAUUAUGGCCAGAGUGUAACCCAACAAACCACUAACCCUCCUCUACCUGAACCUGGUUACUUCACCAAGCCGUCUGUAGCCCCUGUUCAGCCACCAAAGAUAGAGGGGAAGCCUAUGGACUUAGGGAAGCUGUCCUUCAGCCAGCACGCACCUGCUGAAGUCCCCAAAGUGCCAAGUUUCGGAGCUGGGGCAAUUGCCCAAUCAACACCUUCAGCUGCUUUUAAAUUCAACUCCAACUUUAAAUCCAACGAUGGAGAUUUCACUUUCUCCGGUUCUCAGGCCAAGCACAGUGAAAGUCUGCUUGGUCUUCUUACAUCGGACAUUCCCACUAAAACAAAUGCUAUUCCAGAGGAGCCUCCAGCUCAGGAACAGCACUCUAACCAAUCUGGCAUUUUCACCUUUGGCACUAAAGGAGCCACUGGCUUCUCCUUUGUUGAUCCUGCGCAGAACGCUGCAACUGGAGGUCUGUUUGGAAAGGUGGACCAGCCAUUUAAAUUUGGGGAUGUUGCUAAGCCAGUGUUUGGGUUACCCAGUUAUGGAGCAGAAGCAGAAAAGGCAGCAGAGAGCGAUAAUGACAGCACUCAUGUUGAGGAGGAUGAGGAUGGUCCUCAUUUUGAACCCAUUGUACCUCUUCCUGAUAAAGUAGAUGUGAAAACCGGUGAGGAAGAGGAGGAGGAGAUGUUUUGCAACAGGGCAAAGCUGUAUCGAUUUGACACUGAGACAAAAGAGUGGAAGGAGCGGGGAAUUGGCAAUGUUAAAAUCCUAAAACACAGCACUAAGGGGAAGGUCCGCCUCUUAAUGAGAAGAGAACAAGUCCUCAAGAUCUGUGCCAAUCACUACAUCACCGCUGAUAUGCUACUGAAACCGAAUGCAGGCUCUGACAAAUCCUGGGUCUGGAAUGCCAUUGAUUAUGCGGAUGAAGAGCCUAAGCCUGAGCAGCUGGCCAUCCGCUUUAAAACAGUAGAUGAAGCAUUACUUUUCAAAGAUAAGUUUGAGGAGGCCCAGAAAGUUGUAGUCAAAUCACCGGAAAAGCACAGUCAACCGGAGAAGAAAGAGGAAAGCAUAAAAGGUUCUGAAUCACUGGCAGCCCAGUUUGCACUUAAAGACGGGGAGUGGGAUUGCACAGUGUGCUGUGUAAGAAAUAAACCCUUGGAUAUUAGAUGUGUUGCAUGUCAAAGUGCGAAUCCCAAUUCUUCAUCAAAACCAGACAUUCAGGCUCCUGGUGAAACCAAAGCCAGUCCCUUUACUUUCAAAUUCGGGACUGAUUCAACAAACUCCAGUAGUUCGGGCUCUACAUUUUCUGGAUUUGGUGCGUUUGGGGCCUCUAUACCCUCUUCAUUUACGUUUGGGACCGGCGCUUCGAAAUCUGCUGACACAGUAACCAGUGCAUUUGGUUCUUCUUUCGGGGCUCAGUUUGGAAAGAAGCCAGGGCAGUGGGACUGUGACAUAUGUGAAGUAAGAAACAAGGCCUCUGCAGACAGUUGUGUUUCUUGCAAAGCUCAUAAAGCCUCAGCUAAAACAACUGUGACAGCACAAACCGAACCAGCUGCAGAGGCACCUGCUGCGCAGCCCUCUGCAUGUGCAGCGAAGUCUGGGUUUGGUGGACAGUUUAGCAAGAAGCCUGGGCAGUGGGACUGCGACGUAUGUGAAGUAAGAAAUGAAGCCUCUGUUGACAAAUGUGUCGCCUGUCAAAGCCCCAAUCCUGCUGCUAAAUCAACCAAGGGGAUUUCAGUGGCAUCAAAUCUGCCAGCAGGGUCAGGAUUUGGGGCUGGUUUUGCAAAGAAUGAUGAGCAGUGGGACUGCAAUGCCUGUCUGGUCCGAAAUGAUGCACCGGCUACUAAAUGCGUUGCCUGCCACACCCCACUUGAGACUCCCUCUUUAGAAGACAUGUUUGCCAAGAAGGAUGGAGAAUGGGAUUGUGACACGUGUCUGGUGAGAAACAAGGCCUCUGUCAACAAGUGUUUGGCUUGUCAGACACCAAAUCCCAAUGCUAAAAGCACAACUAGCUCUGCUCCCUCAGCCUCCACUUUCAGCUUUAACUUUGGAACCAAGGGUUCAUCAAGUCAACCCACUGAAACUGGAUUCACAAUGCCUUUUGGAACUGGCAGCACUUUUCAGUUUGGUCAUAACAAAGAUAAAAGCUCAGCUCCUUCCUUCAAGUUUGAAACUCCUCAGUCUGGAUCUAGCACCAGUGCAAGUACCAGUGCCAGUACCAGUGCUUCAGGCUUCUCUUUCUCAAUGCCCAUUCCAGCUGGUGGUUUCAAGUUUGGCAUUCAGGACACUGAAAAAGACCCCCCCACAACUGAAAAUCAAACCCCUCCAUCAGGGUCUGCCUCCAGUUUUCUUAAAAGCAUAGCUGACAAACACAACGAGAAACAAGACACGUCUACACCCUCAGUGGACCAAACGGAAGUAGAUGAAAAUCCAUUAGUUUCUGGAAAAAACCCUGCAUUUAGUUUUGCUGACCUGGCACAGUCCUCUGGCGCAGACUUCCAAUUUGGCCAGAAAGACCCAGAUUUCAAAGGUUUCUCUGGGGCUGGUAAGCAGUUGUUCACAUCAUUUCAGGCUACUCCCACCAAGACGGAUGCCUCAAAUGACCUGGAGGAUGACGACAUGUAUAAGACAGAGGAAAAUGACGAUAUUCAGUUUGAACCAGUGGUUCAGAUGCCCGAUAAGGUGGACCUGGUGACUGGGGAGGAGGAUGAACAGGUUCUUUAUUCUCAGCGCGUCAAACUGUUCAGAUUUGACACCGACACCAGUCAGUGGAAAGAGCGAGGUGUGGGAACCCUCAAAUUCCUGAAACACGGCAGUAAUGGCAGACUCAGGGUGCUCAUGAGAAGAGAACAGGUUCUGAAGGUGUGCGCCAACCACUGGAUCACCACCACUAUGAAUCUUAAGCCCUUGUCGGGAUCAGAUAAAGCAUGGAUCUGGAUGGCCAACGACUUCUCUGAUGGAGAUGCUAAACUCGAACAGUUGGCUGCCAAGUUUAAAAGCCCAGAGCUUGCUGAGGAGUUUAAAGAAAAGUUUGAAGAAUGCCAGAGACUUCUUUUGGACAUCCCCCUACAAACACCCCACAAGCUCGUUGACACGGGUAGAACUGCCCAUCUCAUUCAGAAAGCAGAGGAAAUGAAGUCUGGUUUGAAGGACCUGAAGUUCUUUUUGACGGACGAGAAAACUAAAAUCAAAGAUGAUGACAACCAGGGAGGGAUUACAACAUCAGGGGAUGUUUCAAGCCUCGUAAUCAAGGCUCACAGUGAAACUACUGGCCCCACAUUGGAGUGGGAUAACUACGACCUACGCGAAGAGGCUUUAGAUGAUACUGUUGACUCGUCAGUCUAUGCCUCUCCCAUUGCCAGCAGCCCUCUGAGAGAGAACCUUUUCCGCUUUGGAGAAUCCACUAGUGGGUUCAACUUCAGCUUCCAACCUGGCAUCAGCCCCUCCAAGUCUCCUGCUAAGCCUAACCAGAGCAGAGUGUCAGUGGGUACUGACGACGAACAGGAUGUAAGCCAGGAUGAGGAUAGGGAUGGCCAGUACUUUGAGCCGGUAGUCCCUCUGCCUGAUCUGGUGGAGAUUUCCACUGGAGAGGAAAAUGAACUGGUAGCCUUCAGUCACAGGGCCAAGCUGUAUCGCUACGAUAAGGAGCUGGGUCAGUGGAAGGAGAGGGGUAUUGGAGACCUCAAGCUCCUGCAGAAUUACGGCACCAAACGAGUGAGGUUGAUAAUGAGGAGAGACCAGGUACUUAAGAUCUGUGCCAACCACUGGAUCACAGCAGCCAUGAAGCUGGAGCCUAUGAAAGGCGCCGAAAAGGCCUGGGUCUGGAGCGCCAUGGACUUUGCAGAAGAAGGGGCGGGUAAUAUUGAGCAGUUGGCUGUGAGAUUCAAGCUGCAGGAUACAGCAAACACAUUCAAACAGGUCUUUGAGGAGGCUAAGGUCGCGCAAGAAAAAGAGGAACUUAUGACUCCAGCGACACCCGGAGUUGCCUCACCUCAAGACAGUGGACCUACAGAAUUGCCAAAGACUGAAACAGCUGUAUGUGGGAAGGCAGCCAUCGCCGUUCUGGAAGAGACCACAAAAGUACGUACAGAGCUUUUCCCCGAUGUUCAGCCGUGUGCACCAGAGUCUCCCACUCCAGCCAGCUUCUCAAAGACGGUGGUGUCGCCUCCCAAGUUUGUCUUUGGCACCGAUAGCCUUCAGAAGAUUUUUGGCUCUCCUAAAUCCGAGACAGAGGAAUCUGCGUCCGGUUUGAAAGCCAAAGAUGUGGGACGUCCCGCCAAGGCUACACUUGCAUCACCUGCAUUCAAAAUCCCAGGGAAAGGUCCCCCAAAGGCAGAGGGAGGUGAUGCAGGGUCGUAUGAGGACUCGGAAGUGGAGGUCGUGUACAUCAGAGAACCCACUGCUGAGCAGGCGGCUCUCGCUAGUAAACUCCUGCUGCCGCUCACCUUCUUCUGCUACCAGAAUGAACCCGGAUACUGCAGCGACGAUCAGACUGACGACGAGGAUUACGAGUCGGCAGUGAAAGCCCUGAAUGGAAAGCUCUACCGUGAUCUUCCUGUGAAAAAGGCUGCAGCAUGUAGUGAUGAGCCAGACUGCCAGGUGGUGUGGGAGAAGAAGCCAACGCCGCGGGAGGAGGAGAAGGCCAAGAGCCUUUUGCUUCCACCCACUUUCUUCUGCGGCCUCAGCACCACAGACAGCGACACAGACCAUGACAAGCCCGAAGACUUUGAGACGGAAGUCCGCAAGGCACAGCAGGACCUGGAUGCCGAGCUAAAUAAAGUGGGGAAAGCCUCCAGCAGCAGAGCCCCAGAGGAGCUGAUGCCAGGCCUGUCAUCCUGCAGCACUGACGCUGCAGGCAGCGUGUUUACACCACAGGAGCAGACCUCAGACCAGCCAGCCGAGACGCCGAGUCAAGCUCCGAUCAGCAGCAGCUGCCCCAUUGACCUGUCGACCAAGAAGAGCCCGGAGCCGGAGUCCAACACUGAAACUGCAGCUUUUACUGCUGCUACUACUACUGUAACCAGUCAAGACUCCGGCUUUGGCUUCAACACACUCGGUGGCUUCUCAUUCGCAGACCUGGCCCAUAACACAGAGGGGUUUGCGUUUGGAUCCCAAGACACCAACUUCUCGUGGGCAAAUGCUGGUGCGUCAGUAUUUGGGUCGGCCGUGUCUUCAGCACCAAAAAACACCGGUGAUGAGGGAAGUGAUGAAGAGGAGGCUUCUAAUAAUGAGGACAUUCACUUUGAACCAAUAGUGUCACUUCCAGAGGUGGAGACAAAGUCCGGAGAGGAGGACGAGGAAAUCCUGUUCAAGGAGCGCACCAAGCUGUACCGAUGGGACCGGGACCUGGGCCAGUGGAAGGAGCGCGGCAUCGGAGACAUCAAGAUCCUCUUCCACCCGGCCAAACGCUUCUACCGAAUCCUGAUGCGAAGAGAGCAGGUGCUGAGGGUUUGUGCCAACCACACCAUCUCCGAGACGAUGGAGCUCAAACCCAUGAACUCCUCAGCAAACGCACUGGUGUGGACCGCCACCGACUACUCAGACGGCGAUGGCGAAGUGGAGCAGCUGGCAGCCAAGUUCAAAACCCCAGAGAUAGCGGAAUCCUUCAAGAAGACGUUCUGCGAUUGUCAGAGCCGAAUCAGCAGUGACGACUCGUGCGUCACCUCGCCGCAAAUGUCAAGAGUUCAAGAGCAUUCCAGAGACAGUAAUCCACGGGUGUUCCUCAACGUGUCCGCCGACGGCCAGACACUGGGCACCGUCACCAUCGAGCUCUUCUCCCACAUUGUGCCCAAGACGGCAGAAAACUUCCGGGCCCUCUGCACCGGAGAGAAAGGCUUCGGACUGCGAGACUCCAUCUUCCACAGAGUCAUACCGGACUUCAUGUGUCAGGGCGGUGACAUCACAAACGCCGACGGCACAGGAGGCAAGUCCGUGUAUGGCAGCAAGUUUGAGGACGAGAACUUUGACAUCCGGCACACGGGCCCAGGUAUCCUGUCGAUGGCCAACCGGGGGCGCGACACCAACAACUCUCAGUUCUUCAUCACGCUGAAGAAGGCCGAACACCUGGACUUCAAACACGUGGCCUUCGGCUGGGUGCGGGACGGCAUGGACGUGGUGCAGCAGAUGGGAGAGCUGGGAACCAAGGGGGGCUUGCCCUCCAAGAAGCUGGUCAUCGCCGACUGUGGGCAGCUGUAGAUUUUUAAACGUUGUGAUAAAUAGUUUCAGUUUAGGUUAUAAGAGUCAAGGUGACUUUUGAUAACGACGUGCUCCCUGUGCGCUUCAUGCCCCUCUGCUAAAACUCAACCCACAGUCGUUAGGCGUCGACCACAGGUCACAACCUUGACCCCCAGUAGCCUGGAGUUAGAAGUUAUGCUUAAGCAAUUCUUUCAUAGAGAAUCAUUUUUUAAUCACGUGUACUAUGUGGGAGAAGGCACUUGGAGCAAUUGUGUAUAUCAUCAUCUGUCAAUAAAUACUCAUGUUUAUUUUGUGUGUAAAAUUGUACAUGGAACUACUUUUUUUAAUGUCUGUUUUUGUUCCUUUGUCUUGCAUGUGCUCCUUGUGAGUCGAGCUGUUCCUCUACGUAAGCUCCACUCUGUGUUUUCCCUCUUUUUGAACAAGUCUUAACUCAAACUAGAAGGUGAGGGGUUCUUCUGACCUCGCCUCCGCUCCACAUGCUGCCACUGUCCUUUUUGAAGUUUGGUUUCCCCCCCAGUGAAUUGUCUUUGUUCAGACGAAUUUCACAACGUGCAGGUAAUCGGAUUUCACGAUGUUCUCACUGUGUUGCUAAUGGGUGGAAUUAUUUCUGGUGUGGAUUUUACAAAGGUGAUGCAUUGUCAUUUAGGUGAUCGCACAAUAGAAAUGGUGCUUCUUGUACCAAACUAAUACGCUGACAAAGAAGAAAUAAAGUCGCUAAUCAAGUAA